GUGGCCAUGGUGGAGGUACAACUUGAGGAUUAUGAUUACCCCCAGGAACUGCUGGUCGCCUUCAGUGCUUGCACCACCGUGCUGGUGGCCGUCCACCUCUUUGCCCUCAUGGUGAGCACCUGCAUCCUUCCUAACAUCGAAGCGGUCAGCAACAUCCACAACCUCAACUCGGUCAACGAAUCUCCUCACGAACGCAUGCACCAUUAUAUUGAACUGGCUUGGGGCUUCUCGACCGCCUUGGGGAUCUUCCUUUUCCUCACCGAAGUGGUCUUGAUCUGUUGGGUCAAGUUCAUGCCGGUCGGCAGCAAAAACCCUGCCGGGAAAUGCUGCGCUCCUGAGCUGGCCGCCCCCGGGAACACCAGCCGCUCAACCGUGGCCCCUCAGGAGAGCGCUGGCUGGAAUGCUGCCAUGGCUUCCACGGUCAUCAUGGUUCCGGUCGGGGUGGUCUUCAUCAUUUUUGCCUUGCACUUCUACCGUUCCUUGGUAGGGCACAAAACCGACCGGCACCAGCAAGAGCUGGAGGAACUCAACCAGAUCAAAUACCAGUUGGAUGGAGAAGCGAUCGCUCUGCAGGUGGUGUGAAAUUGGGGGCCUUUCCUUGAACUGCAACUUAUGGCUUAUAGGGCCUAGUUCUUCCUCCAGAGGAAAGGCGUUCUCACUCACGGUCUGACUUUUGAUUCAGUGGAACGACUGUGAAAAAAAACGGUACAGUUGGAAUGGAACUUUGACCUCUUUUUUUUUGGCACAUUUUUCCUUAUCAUUGUUUAAGAAAAUCCCCUUGCAUCCUCCAGUAAGCAAAAAGAAGGCGGGUAUUUAAAAUGCCAAAGGACUUGGGGUGGUGGAACAUUCCCUGGAAAGGAGCUGCGGAAACAUGAACACGCUGCCUGCAUUUUGUCGGCACGUUGCCCGAUGGGAUUUUUCGCUGUGCAAUAAAACACUGUAUCUGAGGAGAGAGAUGCCAUCUCUCUCCUGGAAACUGGACAGCAACUUUGCUUGUUUGGGUGCAUUUCCCUCUCUCCCCCCCCCUUUGCAUACCUCCAAAUCAGAGAGAGAUAAAUUAUCUGGCAUUUUACUCA